GGUUAGGAGCGCUGGAGAACGCUUCUCCUCUCCAGAUGGUGUUUUAAACGCAGACAGAAGGGUCAUUAGACAACAACACACCAGCUUUCCAACCACUGACAACAACAAAAAUAAACCAAAACGCGAGAUGGUGCAGAGCGAGACAACGCGGAAUGUGUAGCAUCAGUUUAUCCGAGACACGAAUGAUGUUUUUAACGGACCGUUUUUUCGAAUUCGGUGUGGCGGGAGUUCGCGAAGGACAGUUGGAGUAUUAACGGAAAUAUCUCCGUAACACUCCCUUAUCUAAAUCGUUUCUUUAGACGAGGACUUUCGGGAUUUACCACAGACAAUAUUCACUUCUACUUGGAGAAAAAUGGAGCAUCAGUGGCAAUAUUAAAAACAUAUUUCUAUCUUAUUGGAGGGAUCGCGGACAUCUACUGUGGAAUAUGAUAUAAAAUCCAUCAAGAACGCGAGAUCUGAAUCGGAGGACUUUGCAAUUUAUUUAUUUAUUUUGUCAUUUGAUAAAUCGAAGCGAACUUUUCUUUCGCCCGAUGCAUUUUUACCAAGAAAUUUAUCAAGAUUUUGACAUUUGAAAGGAACGUAAUACCAAAGUCUGUACUUUAAUACUAAAUCUCCGCUGUGUUCUAGCUUUGUAUGAUAUAUUUUCGUUCUCUUGAAAAUUGAAUUACCUCAUUAUUUAUUACGAAAGUCAACAUCUCGUGCAAUCCAAAGGAGUUCAGAACUCUCUCAGACUCUCAAAACGGUAUAUAUGAUUUUUAUUCAUUUUGGAAAGUUCUUGACUUUUUCAAUGAAGAUCGAGGCGUAACGUUAAUAAUCUUCCUUCAGUUUUUAUUUUUCGCCUGGAUUAUUUUGGCUGCAAUUACCUCAGUUUGACUUCGACCUUCAAAAGUAGCACCAGACAGAAGGCUGGAACGAUGCCAGAUUCACCUGCUGAUGUCAAAACCCAGCCCAGGUCGACUCCGCCCACAAUGCCUCCGCCACCCCCCGCUGUCAGCCAGGCAGCCAAUCGCAGUGCAUCGUUCACACCCACAACAAUGCUGAACGGGAGCAGUCACUCGCCGACUACGCUAAACGGAGCUCCUUCGACUCCCAAUGGCUUCAGCAACGGACCGGCCACCUCUUCUACCGCUUCCCUCCCAACCCAGCAACUCCCUCCGGCGUGUGGAGCCCGGCAGCUCUGCAAGCUUAAGCGCUUUCUCACCACACUACAGCAGUUCGGCAACGACAUCUCGCCUGAGAUUGGAGAACGCGUACGCAGCCUUGUGCUUGGGCUAGUGAACUCAACUCUAACCAUUGAAGAGUUCCACUCCAAACUUCAGGAAGCCACAAACUUUCCCCUGCGUCCCUUUGUCAUUCCAUUUCUCAAGGCGAACCUGCCGCUCCUGCAGAGAGAGCUUCUCCACUGCGCUCGCAUGGCGAAGCAAACCCCGGCUCAGUAUCUGGCCCAACAUGAACAACUCCUGCUGGACGCCAACGCCAGCUCUCCCCUCGACUCCUCCGAGAUCAUGAUGGAGCUCAACGAACACGGCAAGAGACGGACCCCGGACAGGACCAAAGAGAGCGCAGGGGACCGGGACGGUUUGCACCCUGAACACCUGGCCAAGCGUCCAUGUACAGUGAGUCCCAGUCAGCGCUUCAGUCCCAGCAGUGGCUUACCGGCCCAUCCGCCCCCAAACGGGCUCCCGACACACCCGCCCAACGGCCUGCCCCACCCCACGCCUCCGGCCCCGCAACAUUACCGGCUGGAGGACAUGGCUCUCGCACACCACUACAGAGACGCGUACCGACACGCGGAGCACAGGGACGUGCGGGACCGGCACCGGCAAACAGCCGUGCAUGGAGCGCGUCAAGAAGAAGUGAUUGAUCACCGGCUGACAGACCGCGAGUGGGCUGAGGAAUGGAAACACCUUGAUAACUUGCUGAACUGCAUCAUGGAUAUGGUGGAGAAGACUCGGCGCUCGCUCACGGUGCUCCGCCGCUGCCAGGAGGCGGACCGCGAGGAGAUGAACCACUGGAUCCGGCGAUACAGUGACGUGGAGGAUAUGAAAAAAGGUGUGAGCUCCUCCCAGCGGCCUCCUCCUCCUCCUCCUCUUCCUCACCACAACUCUUCCUCCUCCAACACUCCUAACAGCAGCGACACACAGCCGAUAGAAAUCCACAGAGAUUUCUUGCACCGGCCCCCUUCAGGAUACCUGCCCGAGGAGAUCUGGAGAAAAGCCGGUUCGACAAGUAUCCCACUCUCGCCAGCAUUAAAGCAGCUUCAGAACAAACAGGAGGAGGCAGUGAAUGAGGUGAAGAGGCAGGCCAUGUCGGAGCUGCAGAAAGCGGUGUCGGACGCCGAGAGAAAAGCUCACGAGAUGAUCUCGGCUGAGCGGUCUAAGAUGGAGAGAGCUCUGGCCGAGGCCAAGAGACAGGCGUCCGAGGACGCGCUGACCGUCAUCAACCAGCAGGAGGACUCCAGCGAAAGCUGUUGGAACUGCGGUCGCAAGGCUAGCGAGACGUGCAGCGGAUGCAACACCGCGCGCUACUGCGGCUCGUUCUGCCAGCACAAGGACUGGGAGAAGCACCAUCACGUGUGCAGUCAGGGCCUGACCGUGCCGAUCGGGACGCCCUCCUCCACCUCCUCGUCGUCAUCAUCCAGUGUCCCGCCCACUCGCUCUGAGAGCACUCCUCCAGGCCCGCUGUCCAGCGCCAGUCCUAAAGACGCGAGCUCAUGUAGCGUUUCUCGCUCCACCACUCCUGCAACUCCCGCUCUGAUGGACUCCUCGUCCCGUUGACUGAUGAACCCCGAGUGCUGAACCACGUCUACUAGUGUUGUCGAAAGCGCCGAUUACGGUACCAAGUCGGUACUGAAAUUUUCAAAAUGUGAGUGCAAUCGUAAACUCCUCUGACUGGCCGUUGUGUUUACACGCUCAUGGGAUAUGUCUGUGAUUGGC